AUGGAUGAGGUGGAUGACGGGGAGGAAGAGACCAAGUUUCAGCAUCCUCGUCUGAGAAGAGCCGGAGGAGGGAGUUGCAUCCAGAAUAAACACUGCGCGCCAGGAGGGGGAGCCGCGUCACGGAGGAGCUCCGCGCACCACGAGCCGUCCACUUCCACUGAUGCGCGCCUGGGUGAUGCUGCUGCUACUGCUGCGGCGGGUCGGAGCGGAGGAGGUGGAGGUCGAACGUCUACCGUAGAGGUGGAGGCUUGUAAUGUUACAGGUGACGGCAACACCUCAGCACCAAUUUCCAGCAUGAAAUGCAACAAAAACGGGGAAUGCAGGCGGGACUCUGGCACAGGGAGUCUCCGGUCCAUCAUGUCCAAGGCGGACGGGACUAGACGCGCCGCUUGCAAUUCAACGACCAGCAUGGACGGGAUCGGAGCCCUAACUCAGGGGCAGGACGCGUCAAACCCCACCUGUGUCCCGGAGAAGAAGGACUCGAAAGUGUCCUUUUCCAACGCGCCGAGUCGGAAAGCUUCAUCCACCAUCCACGGCUCACAGCAGCCCAGGAACUCGGUGACAUUUCUCAAAUCCGAGGAUGCUUCUCAGGUUGUGGCCGAGGAUAGCGAGACUCAGGGCAGCCAGACGAGCUUCAUGCAGCGGCAGUUCAGCAGCAUGCUGCAGCCCGGGGUCAACAAAUUCUCCUUACGCUUGUACGGGAGUCAGAAAGCGGUGGAGAAGGAGCAAGAACGGGUGAAAUCGGCGGGCAACUGGAUCAUUCACCCCUACAGUGACUUCAGGUUCUACUGGGAUUUCACCAUGCUUCUUUUCAUGGUGGGCAACCUGAUCAUUAUACCUGUCGGCAUCACGUUCUUCUCAGAAGAGACCUCCACUCCGUGGAUCCUCUUCAAUGUCGUCUCAGACACCUUCUUCCUUAUGGACCUGGUGCUCAAUUUCCGCACUGGCAUCAUUAUCGAGGACAAUUCCGACAUCAUCCUGGACCCCAAAACCAUCAAGAAGAAGUACUUAAGGACCUGGUUUGUGGUGGACUUUGUCUCGUCCAUUCCAGUGGAUUAUAUCUUCCUGAUUGUGGAACAGGGCAUAGACUCAGAAGUGUAUAAGACGGCGCGUGCUCUAAGGAUUGUGCGUUUCACUAAGAUCCUAAGUUUGCUGAGGCUGCUGCGGCUUUCUCGGCUAAUACGCUACAUUCACCAAUGGGAAGAGAUCUUCCACAUGACCUAUGACCUUGCGAGUGCAGUGAUGAGGAUAAUUAACCUGAUCGCGAUGAUGUUGUUGCUGUGCCACUGGGACGGGUGUCUACAGUUCCUGGUGCCCAUGCUGCAAGACUUCCCCUCAGACUGCUGGGUAUCCCUCAACAAGAUGGUGAAUGACACGUGGAGUGAGUUGUACUCGUUUGCAGUGUUUAAAGCAAUGAGUCACAUGUUGUGCAUUGGUUACGGUCGUCAGGCUCCAGAGAGUCUCUCUGAUAUCUGGUUGACCAUGCUCAGUAUGAUUGUGGGUGCCACCUGCUACGCCGUCUUCAUCGGACACGCUACGGCCCUCAUCCAAUCACUGGACUCCUCACGACGUCAGUACCAGGAAAAGUACAAACAAGUGGAGCAGUACAUGUCCUUCCAUAAACUACCUGCAGAUUUCCGACAGAAGAUCCAUGAUUACUAUGAACACCGUUACCAGGGUAAGAUGUUUGAUGAAGAAAGCAUCCUAGAGGAACUAAACGAGCCGCUCAGAGAGGAAAUAGUGAACUUUAACUGCCGUAAGCUGGUGGCCACGAUGCCCAUGUUUGCCAACGCCGAACCCAACUUUGUGACGGCCAUGCUUACGAAGCUCCGUUUUGAAGUCUUCCAACCAGGCGAUUACAUCAUCCGUGAGGGCACCAUUGGCAAGAAAAUGUACUUCAUUCAACAUGGCGUCGUUAAUGUUAUUACCAAAGGAACUCCCGGCUUGAAACUUUCUGAUGGCUCCUACUUUGGAGAGAUCUGUUUGCUGACGCGAGGCCGUCGCACGGCGAGCGUGCGAGCAGAGACAUACUGUCGGCUGUACUCUCUCUCAGUGGACAAUUUUAACGAGGUGUUGGAGGAAUACCCCAUGAUGAGGAGGGCGUUUGAGACUGUGGCCAUUGACCGACUGGACCGCUUAGGAAAAAAGAAUUCCAUCCUAAUGAAUAAAGUACAGCACGACAUCAAUUCUGGCAUCUUGAACAACCAUGAGAACGAGAUGAUCCAGGAGAUUGUAAAGUAUGACCGUGAGAUGGUGAAGCUGAUAGACCUGCAACGCCCACGUGCCUUGUCCAUGACGCCAUCCAUGCCCGGUGGGAUGUUCGCACCACAUGGCCAAUCACAGGGCAGCUCUGCCAUUGCUUCCCUCCAGCAGGCAGUUGCGAUGAGCUUCUGUCCCCAGUUUGGCGGCCCUAUGGUGGGGCCAAGCACCUUGCAGUCACCCAGGUUGGUCCGACGGUUCCAGGUGAUACAAAACCUUGCCAGCCCAGUUGCCAAUUCUCCCCAGCAGGGACAGCCACCGAGUUCGGUACCAUUUGGAGCGCUUGCUGCUGUAGCUUUGGCGAGUACGCCGGUGCAAAGUCCGCUAGUAGCAGCUGCAACUGGUGGACGCACAUUCCAGUAUGGUGGUGGCCAAAUGGGUGGCCGUUCAGGCUCUCAGUUAUCACUUAUCCAACAGCACGUUCCCAGUCCCACACGAGCCACCCCACUCAAGAGCUCCCACCCAUUGCACCAAAUGGGCAGCUUGACCCAGGACGCCAGAGCUCUGUCUGCUUCCCAGCCCUCUCUGCCUCAAGAUGGCUCUCCACCUGUUGCACCGAGCCCACCACCAUCAACUCGCGUUUCCUCUACAUCGAUUGGCCCAGCCAUCCCCGGGCCUUCUGGAAUUAGGAGUGCAGUUCCUCAGAGAGUGACGCUACCCCAUCAAGCGGCAACAGCAGCAGCAACGGUUGUAAAUUACCCAUCCACACCACCUCCUACAGGUACUCCAACUUGUGUGGUAGGACCGGCACCUGUGGACUCCAAAAUACGCAAGAAAGAUUCCAUAGUCAGCCUUCCUGAGACGGACAACACAGCCAGAUCCAGGCUAUCGUCCAAUCUCUGA